AUGUCGAACCCUACGCAGCCUUUCGAAUCUCGGCGGGCGACAAGCUACGGCCGACCUGAGGAGCUUCAUAUUCCAUCCGCGGCCCCCAACCUGCAACGACAGUCGAUGUCCCAUGAGUAUACAGCGGGGACAGAUAACCACGUCCCUUCUAUUAAUGUUCACCCAUCGGGGUCACAACCGGGUCAAUACGGAGCUGGAAGCAGCGGCGCGAGCGGAGUUCUCCCGGGAGCCCUCCAGCCAGGCAACGUCAACCGCCCUCCUGUGGUGUCAGUCAACACAGCGCCUUCGGCUCUGCCAACGCUACCAGAAGUAAACACACCUAUGCAGACAGCACUACCAUCGGGGCAGCAGCAGCAGCCGCCGCUGCCGCAACAACAGCAGCAAGCACAGUCACAAGCUCAGCCCCAACCGCAGCAGCAGUCGACCAACCCCCGGUCCAGUAUGGUUAAUUCUCACGGGCAUUCUAGAUCCAGCCCCGCAGGAUUCGAGCAACCAAAAUACAGACAGCCGGGCUCUUCACCUGGUGCUGGUUAUCCACCCCAAACCCCUCAAGGCGCUAAGUACUCGCCUUUGGGUCUAGCUGACAUCCGACCGACCGGGGACCUAUUGAGUGACCCAAUUACCGGCUCUGGGAUGCUACCGUUCAAUGGGGAAAAUCAGGUGCCGACAAAUAGCAACUAUAUUGCUCCCUGGCCUAUCUAUUCCAUGGAUUGGUGCAAAUGGCCCAUCACCGGGAGUUCCAGCUCCUUCGGCGGCAAGGUCGCCCUGGGAAGCUACUUGGAAGAUAACCACAACUACAUACAAAUCAUAGAUACCCAUUGGGCACAACCAGACCCGGACACGCCGGAUGCGGCAGCAGGAGAGAUCAAGCUCGAAUACGUGAAAACCGCAGAAGCCACCCAUUCGUACCCAGUCACACGGAUACUCUGGGAACCACCGUCGUCUCAAAAGCAAUCUACCGACCUUUUGGCAACGUCAGGCGAUCAUUUGCGGUUAUGGUCGUUGCCCGCCGCGCAGCCUUUGCCGAGCUCCAACUCCAUCACACGGUCGGCCAGCCAAGCCGCCCCAACAGCUAAACUCUCUCCGUUGGCCUUGCUAUCGAACUCAAAGUCGCCCGAGCAUACGGCUCCGAUUACCUCGUUGGACUGGAACACGAUCUCUCCCAGCCUGAUCAUCACCUCCAGUAUUGAUACUACCUGUACGAUAUGGGAUAUCCCCACGCUCACCGCCAAAACGCAGUUAAUCGCACACGACAAAGAGGUGUACGACGUUCGGUUCUGCGCGAAUAGUGUUGAUGUCUUCGUUAGCUGUGGUGCUGACGGCAGCGUCCGCAUGUUCGACCUCCGUAGCCUGGAACAUAGCACCAUCAUCUACGAGCCUACGGAGAAGCAUGAGAAGGUCCCCACUCCAGGCAACGGGAGUCCCUCCGGACAAGCUCAGCCCGUGUGGCCCCCGCCUCUAUUGCGGAUCGCCGCAUCGCCCCAUGAUUCCCACCUGCUUGCAACCUUCUCGCAAGACUCCAACAUCGUCCGCGUCCUAGACGUCCGACAGCCCGGACAGGCCCUCCUUGAACUGAAGGGCCACGCCUCCUCCAUCAACUGCGUCGAGUGGUCGCCCAAUCGCCGCGGGGUUCUCGCCUCCGGUGCGGACGACUGCUUCGUUCUCCUGUGGGAUCUCAUUAACCAGCACAAUGCGGCUCCGGUGCCCUCGAUGCCCCCGGUCCCGCACAACCCUGGGACGCCCGCGACACCCAGUGAGCGCGGUCCAGCCGCAGCCUGGCUAUGCGACAACGAAGUAUCCAACAUCAGCUGGUCUCCGCAGGGCGGCACCACGCCUGCCGGACAUCCGCGCGACUGGCUAGGUGUCUGUGGCGGGCGUGGGAUGUGGGGAGUGGCACUAUAA